GCAAGCACAAGGCACGUUAUCUCAUUGGUCGAAAGCGAUCUGCGAGAAUAGCUGAUUGGUCGCGCCGACGAUAUAAGCAAGGGUAUGAGCGAACGACGCAUCAGUUGUGUUGUUCUUCACCCACUGUGAACUUGGAGAAUAGUAUGUACAAGGAACUUUACAACAAGGAAGUGAAGCACGAUCGCCCGAGGUCAGAGGGGCUGCACGCCUAUCCGGACCAUUUUAUGGAAUCAGAGCUGAAAAGCUUUUAACUUGAAAGACAAAUAAAAAAGAAUACCGUCAUUAAUGGGAGUUUGAAGAUUUCGUCCUAGACGAGGACUUGUAAAUACUGUAAAUAAGCGUCAAUUUAGCGUUACUUCACCGACACCUAUACAUACAUUCACCCACGCAACACGCACUUCAUGUUUUCGGUUGGGUUAUCGGAAGAAAAAAACCAAAAAUCAUUGGAACGAUAAUUUGCACAUUUGUUCGUUCGCUCGUCCUCCAAGCAUAUCAUUGACGUUAUCGCAAUCAACGAACCGAAUUGACGGAAAAACAAGAAUAGAACAAGAGCAACGACGAAAAUGAAACCCGACGCGAAGAAUGACAUGUCCCUUGGGAUGAAAUUGAUAACGGCUGGAACUGCUGCGUGCAUAGCAGAUCUGGCUACAUUUCCUCUCGACACGACCAAAGUUAGAAUGCAGAUCGCUGGCGAAGGACGACAAAUUCUUUUAGCCUCGACCGGAGGUCCAGUUCUCGCAAUGAGAGAGACUCGUUCAGGAUUACUUCAGACAAUGGGAAAUAUCAUAAGAACCGAAGGAGCAAGGAGCCUGUACGGGGGUCUUUCCGCGGGUCUGCAGCGACAGAUGUGUUUUGCAAGUGUUCGAUUGGGCCUCUACGACACCGUCAAGUCUCUCUACGCUGGAAUCAUCGACGGUAAGAACAGCGGCGGCAGAGGCGACUCGCUUAAUAUCGGUACUCGUGUUGCUGCUGGUAUAACUACGGGAGCUCUUGCGGUUAUUUUUGCUCAGCCGACCGACGUCGUCAAAGUUCGAUUGCAGGCGGGAAACAUGGGAAGAUCAUCUGGCCAGACUAGAUACACCUCGACACUUCAGGCUUACAGGAAUAUUGCGAUCAACGAAGGAACGAAGGGCUUGUGGAAAGGUACAUUCCCGAACAUAUCGCGUAACGCGAUCGUAAACGUUGCCGAGAUUGUCUGCUACGAUAUAAUAAAGGACAUGAUCUUACAAUCGGGUAUGCUGAGGGACGGUAUUCCCUGUCACUUGACAGCCGCUACGGUGGCAGGGCUUUGCACAACAUUGGCUGCCAGUCCGGUCGACGUCGUCAAAACGCGUUACAUGAACAGCGCGCCCGGAGAAUAUAAAGGAGCAUUGGACACCGCUGUACGAAUGUUCGCUCAGGAAGGACCCCUUGCCUUUUACAAAGGAUUCGUACCCAGCUUCGCUAGAUUAGUUUCCUGGAACAUCGUUCUCUGGGUCACGUACGAACAGAUUAAAAUCCAGGUCCAUCAAUUCGGGAAAAGGGAUUGAAUAUCCCCACUUUUCUAUCCACUCCGUUUCAGUUUCGAUAAGCAUGAUUAAUUUGAGAACUGAAGGAAUUCGUCGCACGAUUUUUUUUGUUCAAUGAAACUUUAUAAUUCCCGAUCGAGGCAUCGUGACGUGAAAAUUUUAUUAGCGCCCGAAAGCUAUGAUUCAUGGCUUGACGAAGAAAAUAAUUGUCAGAUCAUUCGAUCAUUUGUACAAUACGGUAUAUCGCCUGUUAUAAAUUGUAUUUAUUAAUUUACCUUGCAACAAAUCCACUUCAUAUCAACUCUGUGUGUGUUUUUGCAUCGUUGGUCGUAAGCUUUCGCCUUAGGUCCAUAACAGUUGAAAUAAAAUAACGUCACAAAC